UUUUCAGCAAUGCCUCUAACAAAACGGGCGGUAUCACCGGUAAACCUCAGCAGAGGCACAAUUCCAUCAACAAUCCAUCGUGAUGAGCUUCAAUGUACUGCUAAUGGGACAAUCGCCAAUUUAGUACGACAAUUGAGCUCGUUGAGUAAGCACGCUGAGAACAUCUUCGGAGAGAUUUAUCACGACGCAAUGAUAAUAAAUCACAAAUCGAACACUCUUCAACAGAGAAUUGAUAGAUUGCACAAGAAAGUUGAAGAUUUGGAUUCAAAUUCCGAUCAAGCAACGUUGAAUGAAGCGAAUAUGCGAAAAGCAUUCAAAAGUUCAAUGCUUGUAGAUCAACAUAUUCUGGAUAGAAGCACUUUACCUACAGCAUUGACUGAAAUAUAUGCAAAAUGUGAUCCACCGCCGGAUCUUGAUGCUCUAAAUCCGUAUAGAGACUCUGAAAUCCCUGCGCUCUCUCUCUACACAAAUCCCUCGUUUUUCUUCGAUUUAUGGAAAAAGGAGACACUAAAAGAGGUUGCCGAACGGCCCAGACGGGUAAAAAGCCCGAACGACGGGAGUAAAAGCCCGAAAAAGCGGCGGAAGCAGCCUGGACAAGGCCCUCUCGGCACGACGGCCUAUAAUGAUAUGCAGCAUAGGAAUCGACAGAUUAGUGGAUCACGGAUUAAUCAGCAGAAUGAAGUUUUCUCGUUCCCGGAGGAAUAUCAGGCUCCGCAGGCUCUCGGGCUUCAGCUUAACUUUAAAAAUCAGCACCCCUCCAACAUGGUUGCCCCAAUCGGAAUGACAAUGCACCAUCAUCCUCAACAAAAUGUGCAUCCGAGCCAACAACGAGGUGGUGCUCCAGCAGCAGCUCGUGGAUCUCCGAAUGUUAAACGUCCGACUGAAGCUCCGCCGCCAGUGAAUCUGGAUCACCUCCCACCACCGGAUAUGUCAAUUUUAUCGAUUGAUGAUGAUGAUGAUGAUCUUCCACCACCACCACCACCGCUUCUCAUGAAUACAUCAAUUGUACAUCAGUUACCAGCAGAAGCUCCGUCGACGAUACAGUUUGUCGAGCCGAGUGCUGCUCCGCCGACUAAUAUCCCUCCACCACCUCCACCACCACCUCCAAUGGUUAUAAGCUCGGCUGCAGCGUCAUUUGCAGCUCCGGCUCCAAAGCCAUCCGCGGACGGUGAAGCUGCUGGCACAAAUUCCCCAGUUGCUCCAAAACAACCAGAUGCUCGAAGUGAUCUUUUGGCUCAAAUUCAAUCUGGAAUAAAGCUGAAAAAAGUGCAAAGAGCCGAGGCAGAAGCCGCCGAGAAUGCUGCUCUCGAGGCGAAUAAUGUUGCGGCGAUAUUGAAGAGACGAAUGGAUCAAGUUAUGGGAAAUGAUGAUUCAAGUAGUGAAGAAGGAGCUGAUGAUGAUGAAUGGGAUGAUUAAUUGCUCUCUUUUGUGUCGAUUUACGCAGAUCUCGUGUACUCCUCGAGGAGAAGAUUCUACAGAUUUUGGCUAAAAAUGCUUGAUUUUCGCUAUUUUUUCCUUGAAAAUUAACAUUCAAAGCGGUGAUUUUUAAGCGAAAAACCCGUGAAAAUAGCUCUAAAUCAAGCAUUAUUACCCAUUUUUGCAUUUUUACUGAUUUUUUCGGUGAAAAAAAAAACGAUUUUUCGCUGAAAUUCUUGAUUUUCGCUAUUUUUACUUGAAAAUUAACAUUCAAAGCGGUUAUUUAUGCACUUUUAAGUGAAAUCUGAGUGUUUUUAAAGUUAAAAAUAAAAAUAAUUCAUUGAUUUUUGCCAAAAAAAAAACCGUGAACAUUGCGAAAAUGGCUCAAAAUCAAGUACUUUUUUUUGCUAAAAUGGUUGAUUUUGAGCCAUUUUCGCUAUUUUCACGGUUUUUUUUUGUCGGUGAAAACUUUAAAAUCGCUCAAAUUUCACUUAAAACGCUAUAAAUAACCGGUUUAAAUGUUAAUUUUGAUAGAAAAAUAGCGAAAAUCAAGCAUUUUUAAGCCAAAAAACUGUAAAAUCUUCUCCUCGGGGACUACACGAGCUGCGUAAAUCGACGCACACUUUUUCGAAUUUUCUUGUGUAAAUACUGCCUUGCUUUAAUUUAUUUAUUCAAAAAUUUUUAAAAUUUUUUCCGCUUUCCUGUUUCAAAUGAACUGAUUUUUCUCAUUUUUU